CCUCCAUUUGUUGAACACUAUAUAUUGUUGAUGACUUCUCUAUCUACAGUAUCGUCUGAAUUGUUUUUCAACGAGACAAAGUACCAGAUACUUACUCCCAAUAUCCAAUAUUCUCAAUCAGAAUCACCCACUUUCAACGAUAUUCUUUCGGCAGCUGAUCAACGAACGUUUGCAUUUUAUGAUGAACAGCUUCGUAUAUACUUGUAUGCAUCUAUUCCUCAGCAAGUGACAGGAACUGGGGAAGAAAUCAUGGAAGCUGUACGACUUUUUUAUAACCAAUUGGACAUUCAUAUUGAAGCUUCUGUUAUUGACAGCACCACUACAAUACCAACAACACAACCAACAAAACAUCAACGUACUAUAUCCAAACAGACAUCUACUCAAUCUAGUGCUCCAUCUUCUCCUCAACUAAACAAACGCGAUCCUGUACGAGGCGGUUCAGAAUCUCUUCCAUUCUUCUCUCAUACAUACAACAGCAAAGAUCCAGAACCAAUGAUAUUUCAACAUAAUCAAGCUCAUUGUUGUCUUUUCCCAGUGGAUAUUCCAAUUGCUUAUAUCAAGACUAGAGGAGGUCAUCCUAUCUUAUCUACCACCAUUAAUAUUGCCUAUAGAUCUCUACCAACUAAAUUAUCUGCUAAUGAAGAGCAAUCGGAUGAUGCUGAAUAUGAUGUUGAUUUGUUUGAUACCGUGGAUCUUUUGAGUGGACUUGGUGAAGAUCCUACCUUUGUUACUCCUAAUGGACGACCUUCACAACAUUUUAUCAUGGAGAAUAGAUUAAGACAACCGAAUGGACCUGAUGGAAUGAUACAACCUCAACAAGCAGCAUCACAUCUUUUAACUUUACGAUCUCAAAUAAAAGAAACUAUCCCGUUACGGCCUGGUCUUAUGGUGAAGAUGCGAACAACAAAUGUCUCUGUGAUGGAUAAAACGGUGAUGAUGUCUGUAGAAUUAGAGAAUCCUGUAGAUACUGGUUGUCAAUUUACUGUGUCCAAAGUUGAAGUUCAAGUAUCCAAUGCUGUGGUGGCUCAAGCUUUUACAAAAGAGGUUCAAGUACCCUUCCAUUUGAAUACAUCGGAUCAAAUGGUACUUUUAUAUAAUGUGACAUUAUUGGAAGAUGGAUCAACCAAAGCACCAGCGCCAUCACAGCGAAUAUUUUCAAGUCGUCGUCCAUUACCUCCUCCAUCAUCUACACCCAAUUCACCUGCAUUGCAUGAUGAACGAAUUCAACCCCAACGUGUUACGAUUCAUGUCUACGGCACUCCUAUUGUAGAUGGUAUUCCUGCUCAAAUCUUACGAUCUAAAUGGAAUACAAUACUGGAUGUCAGCAAUACCCGACAAAAGCAAGACUUGCCUGAUCCUCGAUUCAAUUCACUUCUCUCAUCAUCUCCCUCUUAUCUCACUCGAUCACAGACAUCGGUUGCAACAAGUUUAUCAGUAUCUCCUGGAGCACGAUCAGUUGGAAGUCUAUCUAGUCAACCCCAUUCAAGUUUGGAAGGUGUAUUUGGAAAUAUGUCACGUCCUGUGGUGAAUUAUCCACUUCAACAACAAAAAGGUUAUCAUAGUCCUAUUUCAACACCAUAUCAACAACGUGAUACUACCAACAAUGGAGCUAGUGCUCGACGUGCUCCUGAACUGGAAGUGGCGGAUGGGAUUGUGAUCAGCUUUACUGCUCCUGAAGUGGUACAUGUUGGCAAAGUAUUCUCUUUACAUAUCUUUAUUGUCAAUAGAUCUAAACACACAAGACGAUUCCAAGUGAUGAUACCAAAUCGCAAGCGACAAGUAGCACCUGAUGUAUUGAUGGGAACAAAAACAGCUUUACCUCUUUUACCAAUGGAACAAACGCCUAUCGAUCCUUUUAUAGAUGAAAAUGAAUUCCUUAGACAGUAUUUUGAAAACGAAACUCACGAAGCUGAUAUGAUUAGUUUGGAAAAUAAUGUACGACUCUGCCCAUUGGGACCUUCAACAUCACAAACGGUGGAUAUUCGAUUUAUUGCGGUCAAGGAAAAACUUCAUACUAUUGACCUUGUACAAUUGGUGGAUCAAGAUACUGGUUUUGUAACCAAUCUUCGUCAUGUCCUAGAAGUCUUUGUAGAAAAAUGA